CAAUAUAACUUGAGUAAAAGAAUAACAGCAAACACUUUAAGACACAUCAUUGAGAGCAACAUAUCAGAAGAUGAAUGCCCGAUGGAUGAUCUUGUCAGUCGUACUAGCAGUAUCUACAUUGACUGGAUCUACUAACAAUUACUACAAUGAAUCUGCUGAUAAAGGAUACAUGGAUUGUUGUAAGUUCAGUAAUACACUACAUUAUUUUGAUGUAUUUUCUCUGGCACAUAACAUGCAAGCUACUUCUCAUGAUUUUGGUGAAAUAACAAAUGUAACAUCAAAUACAUUUGGAAAAACAGUUAAGCCAGGACAAAACUACAUUAUCAGAGGAAUCAUAAAAUUAAAGAAAGAAUUGAAAUGGGGUACGCUCCAUCAAACAAUGACACAUCAAUUCAAAAAUAUCAUAAAUCUUGCUAUUGAAGACGCCAAGUAUAAUCUUUGUGAUAUUAUAUCUUCUCUGACUGCUACUGGUGAGUCUGGUGUGUACUGCCCAUUGAAACCUGGAAUAUAUCAUGGAUUAUACAAUAGCACAAUUCCAUCACCACUAAUUCUCUGGCCAGGCAAGUAUUGUCUUAAAGUCAUCGCUUAUGAUGAAAGUAGCAAUGAAAUAUUUUGUGGAAUGACAGUAUUUAAUAUUGAAAAAUAACAACUCAUAAUGUAAUAGUUAUUACCUUAAGGUUACUUUUAAAUACAUGUACAAUUAAUUGCAAAUUUUGUGUUUGGG